GUCGUCUGCCGGUCUGGUUCGGUGCCAGCUCAUGGCAGCAACGAACUCUGGAAGAGCUGGCAAAGAUAUUUUUUUAUCACCGUCGAACCUCAUCAGUGGCUUUCAGCUGCUCCGAGCUUUCAGUCGCGCAAUGACUCGGAACCAGUCUCAAGCAUCAGUUCUAGACUCGAUCUUUGAGGCCCUGUCGUAUUUCUCAGACCUUGAACCCUCUCAUCAAGACAAACAACAGUCGCCUCGUCCGCAAGGCGACUCACAACUCGCUCAUAAAAAUGGCGUCCAACGUCUCCCACUAUCGGAUCAGGAGAAGGCACGUCCGGUCUUCUUAACUCUGCAUAUGCUGUUCCCUCAUGAACUGCUCCCCGCGCUUGAUCUCCUGGACCGAGGUCUGGUUACAAAGUUCUUGGUGAAGCACUCAGCCCCGGAGGUAGACGAUCAAGAAUGCGUGCCCCAAUGGGGAAGUUCUCCAGGCGGAACUCGCUCGGUGCUCGAAUGCUCUGAAGCUCAACUCCCAGCUCAACGGGAUGUCAAUGGCUGGGAAGUCUUUUACGUUCAAUCUUCAUCCGCUAUGGACAAGCAGAUUUCGAGACCACGCUUCCAUCCUCGCGGCGGAAACACCAGCGCAACAGUCCCGUUCUACGAGGUCCGCCUUGACGGUUGGAAUUGCACUUGUCCAGCAUUCAGCGUGAGUGUAUUUCAGAGUUUGAACCUGCAAUGUGAUCGGGACUCUGGAGUAUUCGAAGAUACCACUCAUCUUGCCCGAAUUAGCGGCUCGAAAUCGAAGAUCAAGGAUAACUGGGGAUUUGGUGGUACCGCCACACUGGAGGUCGCCACAGUUCCAAGCUGCAAACAUCUCGUGGCCGCUUUCCUCGCAAAUGCCGCCCCUAACUUAUUCACAGACACCGUGAAGCAGAGCGCUGUCUCGAGGGAAGAGGCCGUUGCAUGGGGAGCCGGAUGGAGUGAACACGGAGGGACUUGA